AGCGCCCUGGCCCAGGCGAACCCUCGCUUGCACUGCGCGCCCUGCCGCCGCGCCCUGCACCAGUCUCUCGCUCCCAGCCGGCAUGGCGACGGAUGAUGGCGACCUCACCUUGGAGGGCAACGCGGCGAUGAUCCGUGCGCUCGUCGAGAAGAAGAACCUUCAGUUCGACGUCUCCCACGCGCUCGCGGAGGCGCAGGCCAUGAGAGAACGCUACGCGCAGAAGCCUCAGCUGCCUGUGGCCCCAGUCCCGGCCGUCAAGGCGUUAAUGGCCGUGCUCCGCCAGCCAGACGGGCAGCUCCUGUCUUGGAUAGGCUCCGGCACGGGAGCCCGCCAGCGGUGGCCAAGCCACCUGUUAGCAGUCCGAUACUUGAUGACCUACGUCCUCCAGCGCCGGGUGGCGAGCUACCGGGCCGGUUCGCAGGGGUCGCAGAUUUCAAUUCCUGCCCUUGCACAGGCGUUGGCCAUGGAGCGCGCCGGCGGGCGCCCGCCCCGCGACCCGGCGACGACGCCUCCAGCCGCCGCGCCGUCGGCUACCCUGGACUCCCAAGCGGUGCCCCACGCGGGCUCUGCGUCAUCGCUGACGCCAGCCGCGGCCCUCGGCCUGCCUCCUGGUUGGGCGGCGGCAGUCGACCCGAUCAGCGGCUACACCUACUACUUCAACCAGGGCAUGGGGACGACGCAAUGGGGGUGGCCAGAGGCACGUGUCGCGAUGAACGAGCCUGCUCCACGUAGCCGCAGCCCGCCCCAGAAUCGGCCGAGCCGCUGGGGUGCCUCGGGCACGGCCACGCCUGGGCCUGCGCCCGCUGAGCCGGCUGAGUCGGCUGGCCAGGACGCCGUCUAUAUCAACUACAACGCCAUCGCGGACCUCGCCAUUCAGAUCCACGCGGCCCCCCCGGCCUCCAUUGACACCCUUGCCAACGAGCUCCUCACGCUCUGCGGGUCGCAGGUGGCCCGCAUGGCGGCGCUCAAAUCUGCGGCCGGCCAGCUCGCCGCCCGGGGUCUUUCAACAGCGGCCAGCGCUACGCAUGGGUUGACCUUCCUCCUCAGCGUGGGCCAGACCGCCACCCCUGACCUCGGGAAGUUCGCCGCCCUGGGCGGCAAUAUGUACGCGUACUACCUCGGCAACGCGAGUUCCUUCGGACUCUUCCUCGCAGCGCACCCGGAGGCGGUGGCGGCACUCCCCUCGUGGCGCCAGGCGUCCCCAGCGGCCUCGCAGUCAGCGGCCCCAGCGACACCUUUGGGCCACCAGCCUGUGGGCACAGGAGCCUCCAUGGCGCCAGCGCCCUCCACGUCUGGCGCGUUCUGGGCAAGGUCCUCGCAGCCGUGCGGAGCCCCGGCCCCUGACCGCGCUGGCUUGAGCUCCCAAGGGCUGCAGCGGCAGCCGCGGCAGCCAAGGGGCCAGACGCGCCGGGUUGAGGGAUGGCGAGAGAGUGAUUUCGCCGACCUCCGCGCGAAGCAUCCGCCGUCGGACCCAGAGAUGCUUGCGCAGGCCUGGGCCCCUCUGGCCCAGGGGCAAGACGCCUCCCAGGGCAUGACCAUCCUGAAGUUCGUCCCGCUGGUCGGUCCCGACCGGAGGGAGUCUAAGUGGCUGUGGUGGAUGGCGCUGGCCCGGGUGGGCUUCUAUGUCAGGGAGCUGUACGGGUUCACCAACUUUGCGGGCUCGGCCAAUUCCAGCGCGGGCGUGGGAACGCCAGGCCAGGAGGUCGUCCGCACCCCGUUGGGGACGGUGAUUGGGAUGUGCCGGGACAAACGAAUAUACACCCCUAGCGGCGGACCUGGGCUCACCGCGCGCCUGGCGCUGAGGUUCCCGAUCUAUAACCCAGUGGUCGACAUGGCAGGCUUCCACUGCGGCCGGAUGCCGAAGCAGGUCGCGGAAGCACUGCUGCAUACCGCGUGAAUGAGCCCAUGGUGGUUUUAGGCAGUAGUGGCUGCCACCGCGCGCUUAGACAGCCUCCCUCUGCCCUCCCCUCCUCCCUCCUCCCUUCUUGGCUGUUCGUUCGCCUGCGAAGUUUGGGCACGUUCCCGCCGAUGCGUUAUUCGGCGCGUAUCGUCGACCCGAGUGGAACGACA